AUGUCGAAUCCAUCAGAUAGGCCAUGGACCGAGGGGGAGAAGUAUUUCCUACUCACUGAGAUCCUCAAAAAGGCCGGUAUUCCAUCCAGCUAUCUGGUUCGCAUGAUCCAUGAGCAUCGCAUUCAACCCAGUUGGGAUCAUAUCCCUCUUCCGCCAGGUCGCACCAUGAGCUCGUGCAAAAUGGUCUUUGACAACAUGCAAUCUCAGUUCCACCAGUAUCCGCCAGUUACGGCGGCAGUGUCCGCCCCGGUCCAAAUGGCCCGUCCAGAGGGAAUCAGGUCAUCAGCACCACCCAUAGAUCCCAACCUGCGCAAACGACCACUGUACUUCGAGAAUAAACCACGCGCCAUCCAACCAAGACCACCAGCCAGCGUCGCCUCGUACAGCAGUGAAAGUGGAACAUCAGCCCAGCUCUCCCCACGCCUAGAAGGUCCCGCCACAGGAAACCCCGGCGAGCCUCCCCGCAAACGAGGCCGUCCUAGCAAACUCGAAACCGAACGGCGCAAAGCCGCCGCCGAAGCUCGCGGGGAGACUUACCCGCCUCCAAGACGAUCCGGCUCCGGCAGAUCCAAGAUCCCUCCGUCCCCUAGCAGUCCCAGCGUACCACUCGCAGCUUAUGCGCAUCCCGGACACACUCAACCCAGUGCGCCUGGCCCAGGCUCAACCCCGAACCCGAAUCCAAGUACAGCUAGCUCGGCCGCUGGCCCCAGUACUAGCACUCCGUAUGAAACGGGCGUUCGCCCAAUUGCCCCAGCACCAAGUUUACCGGGCCCCGAAGAACGCCGGGACGUGCCGACGCGGACCAUGGGUCCAAUGCGAGAAUUGCCCCGCCUCCAAGAAAUGGGCCCCCUUCCCUCCCCACGUAUUCUGCAACUCGGUCCGCGAGAGAACAUUGCUCGAGAUAACGUUCCUCGCUUCCACACUGCCCCUAUUGAACGGGGUGCAUAUGAUGCCAUCCAGGACCGCUUCUCGCCUGAAGGUGGUCGUCGGGACUCGGUUACCAGUCGGGGGGAUUCAACCCCAAAGGGACCGGGACCUGGGCCGGGGCCGGGGUCGUCGGCUCCGAUACAGGGGCAAGGACCGGGACCUUAUGACAGACGCGCAAGUAAUACCCCUGGCGAGAACCCUCGAUAA